ACCUACCUACUCGAUUGAUGUCAUGUUAACUUGUUGACGGCUGACGUACUGACGCUCGUUACAACUUAAAUACAAAUUUAAAACAUAGUUUUGGAUUUUCUUGUUUUCUUUUAGAAACUCAUCAAGAAAAGAUGUCGAGUACAUCACAGAAGCAUAGAAACUUUGUAGCUGAACCAAUGGGCGAAAAGCCUGUUACUGAAUUAGCGGGCAUUGGACCAGUUUUAGGGAAAAGACUGGAAACCGCAGGAUUUGACAAGGCUUAUAUUGUUCUAGGACAAUAUCUGGUACUUAAAAAAGACAGGGAGCUUUUCCAAGAAUUGAUGAAAGAUGUAUGCAGUGCAAGUUCAAAACAGUCUGGCGAUUGUUACCAAUGUUUAAAAGAUUGGUGUGAUGAGUUUUUGUAAAUAAAAUGUAGUUACAUUUUAUUAUUUUGAUACCAAACAUAUUAUGAUGUGUAAAUAAAUAAUUAUAUAAUAAUCAUAUUUAGGUAAUUACAUAUAAGUAUAUUAUAUAUUAUGUUUUUAUCAUUUACUAAAGUUUGUAACUGAAUAAACAAAUUUUAUCUAA